UUCAGUUAAUGGUGAGCCAAAAGCCAGGUAAAACAAAAGCCAGGCAACAAAACACAAAAGCUGAUUAAAGACAUUUGCUGAAUCGCAAUCGAGUCGAAUGCAAAUGCAAAUCGACGGCGAAUGAAUUGACAAUGACAAAGAGUAUUAAAUGGUCGCCCGCUUUUAGUUGUAACCGCGUUCUCCUUACCUAUGUGAUAUUAACUUAUACAGUAGCAGCCCACAGCUCGCCACCGCCAUGCGGCCUUUAUGGAGCGCCGCCUUGCCAAUUUUUACCGGCGCCCCCAGGCCAAACUCCAACCUGUGCUCGGCCAGGAAAAACGUAUUGCGAGCAUGCCGAUAAUUAUCCCACGUAUCUCAUCAAGAGCCUUGUCCGGAAGUGGGGCUAUGAGGCAGCCACUCUCUUGGUGGAUGAAACCUGGGAGGAUUUCGCCGCUGUGGCGUGGCACGAUACUCCCGUCUUUUAUGAUCCCAAAUCGAUAUUUCCGCCACGCGAUCCCAAUGGCCAGGACUUUAAUGGCUAUAGCUAUCAGACGCCCUUUGGAGGCAAUCCCCAUCGACCAAGUGGCGGUGGCAAUUCUCUCUUCGCCAGCAGUCCAUCGACGGAGGCACCAACGUAUCUCCUUUACACCUCCUCUGGCGGUGGUCAUCGUCCAGGUGGUCGCUACAAUAUCCCCGGAGGCACCUCCUCCUCAUCUGCCGCCGGUGGCUUGUACUUCAAUCAAGGCGGCAAAUCCACGCCCUACAAUGCCACACUUUGGCUCAAACGUUUGGUCAGGGAUCUCAGUCGGAAGCAGAGGCAAACCAUCGGUGAUGAGGAAGUAGAGGAGGAAGUGGUCGAGCAGGAGGAGGAGGAGGCGGAGGAGUACGACGAGCCUGAUCAGGGUCAGGAGGAGCACGGGCAAAGCAAGCGCGAUGUCUCGCUCAAUAUGGAUCUCUUGGAUAUCGUGGGCGUGGAUGGCCCCAAUCCCCAUAGCCAGCAGAAGAGGAGGCGCACCAAGCGCCAGAGUCCCGGACGUUCCACGCUCUGCCAGACCACGUCGCAGUUCAUCACGCCGCAGGCAGCACUCAACAGUCGCGGCAACUGGAUGUUCGUGGUCAACGAGCAGAACACCGCCCGCCAGAUGGUUAAGGCGGAACUGUGCGCCUCGAACACCUGCUCGAACCUGUGCGAAUUGCCCAACGGCUACAACUCGAGAUGCGAGCAGAAGUUUGUGCAAAAACGCUUAAUUGCGCUCCAGGGCAACGGGCAGAAUCUGUACACGGACACGUUCUGGUUUCCCAGUUGCUGUGUCUGCACGAUAGCCGCCAAUUAAAUGUGUCUCGUCCCAGGAUAUUAUCACUUGGAGUCUCUAUCUCACUGGACAAGGACAUUACUGUCAUAUCUUGGCAGCAGCUUGUGAAUUUUUGCAAAUUCAUUUCUGAUAACUAAACGAUACACAAAACAAAAGCAUAUAAACGAAACAA